AUGCCAAUUGUGCGCUCAGGUCUUGUGAAGGAAUCCUCCUGUCCUGAAGACGCAUCACCCCUGGCCAAUCCCGGCUCUGAAACUAACCCCAGGCAUAAAAACCCUGCUAGAAGGGCUGCUACCACCAGGCGUUCCGCUUACCGCUUUGUUGAGGCACUUGGCUCGAAAAAAGUCGAGGACCUCACUAAGGAGCAACAAGCUUCGCUUUCCUGGGCGAAAGCCUAUAUUGCUGGUCUCAAGACCGCUCCUCCUUCUGCUGAAUUACCAGCGGGGCCUAAACGGCAACGUUCAGAGGAGGAUACAGCGACCAAGAGCCAGCAACCGGGACCUAAACGUCCCAAAGCGGCACAAAGGUCGUUAGCUAAAUCCUUUAGCGAGAUUGUCAAAGACAGUCUUGUUAGGGCGGUUAUCGACCGGAGUGCGAAUGACGGAUCCAUAUCUCAAUUGAAUUGGGAUAUGGUGAAGCAAAAACUGGUAGGGGUGUUUUGGAAAGUUCUCAAAGAGAACCCAGGCACUCCUCCACAAUGCGAUGACGCUGGUUGGUACCAGGGUCACGUAAAACUUAUGUCUUGUGUAGAUGAACGCUCAGCGUUGCUACUAAAGACUGCCGUCGCAUCACUGGGUGAGGUUUGGCCGGGGUCUAGGCUUGAGGUGGUAUCUGUGAGUGAGAUACCCCGAAAGCCUAGAUCCAUAGCUAAAAUACCAGCUGAGCCAUCUAGCCCGGAGGAGAUCUUGGAGAUCCUUCAGUGCUGUAACCCACAGCUUCCAACUCAAGACUGGAAAGUUGUUAAGGUUACGGACGCUGAGGGCUCUUCAAGGAAAGCGAUCGUUGUCCUGAAUAAGGACUCUUUGGGGCCGCUAAGGAAGGCACAAGGGAAGGUCUACUAUGGAUUUGGUACGAUCAUCCUGCGUGUCUACCGUAGCGACAACAAAGGCGAUACAUCCUCAGGUGAUGUAAAGCCCAUGCUCUCGGAAGAGGGCAUGGAUUGCAAUGACGCCACUGAUCCAGCCGACACUGAAGAUACCAACUCAGUCUCCGAACUAGUUGGUACAUUCUUUGAACGGAUGGAUGAGGUGGUGGACGAGGACGCCCUCCUGAAUUCUGACCAGGAGGACGCCGACGUCACUAUUGUAAAAAUGGAGCAUGGUGAGGGUGACCCAGAUAAACCUUCACCACUCUAAAGCAGCAUCAGCUGCACUGCUCCUCCGAAUUGCUCAGAACGGGGAGGAGCUAGUCAUGGUCCAGGAACCUUGGGUCCAUCAGGACCGUAUCUGUGGACUAUGUUUGAAGGGCUAUAAGCUCUACUUCGCUAAAGGCGCAGUAAUGAAGAUACAGUAGCAGUCUCAUGGGAAACUAAUGAAGGCUGUUUGUUAUGGCUGAUAUCCAGCUACAUGGCGCAUGACCACGGGGAGCAUCCACCAAACGAUGAUAUCCGUAGUGCUGUGAAAAAGGCGAAUGAGUCCAGGAUACCAUUGGUUAUCUGUGCUGACGCUAACUCGCACCACAUUGUAUGGGGUAGCAGCGACACCAACA